AUGUCUCAUGGGAUUUUUAUUAUCGGUGGACUCGUAGACGUCAAGCCCACUUCGGAAGUCUCGUAUUUCAAUUGUUUCCAGCACAAAUGGUACCUCCUGCCGCCCAUGAAGAUGGCUCGUGCUUCCCCAUCUGCAGGCCUGAUGUUGACAGACUCAGACGGCUGCAAGAUAUAUGUGUUUGGAGGGCUCGGGGAUGAUGUAGCUGAUUCCUCAAACUGGGCAGAGGUGUUCGACAUCUCCACCCAAAAUUGGGAUUUCUUUUUUGUGUUUACGCCCAAGAUGCUCCUCAAUAUCCAACAAAGCGUGUUGAUGAUUAUUAAAGAGGAGGAGGAGGUUUACGCAGUGGAUGAGGAUGGUCAAAACUUCUCCUUCUCACCAAAAACGAUUGGUGUGUCGUUGGGACAUUCUUGUUCUGCCGUGCCACCUGCGGGGAGAAUACUGUGGUGUUUGCCCGAUGACUUGCAUUGGAAGGAAGUGAAGGGUUUGCAACAACUCCGACAAUGGGGAUUUGAUAUCACCAAACUCUGCACCAGCCCUGCUGGGAAGAUUGUCAUCUUCUCGAAACCGCAUCCCCACAGUCUCGAGCUUUGCUCCACCGAGAUUUCCAUUUCCCUUGUGAAAGGCAAACGCAAUAGACGUUAG